AUGAAUCAAGAAAUCUACGAAGAACUGCUCUUCGCAAGAACUUUGAUAACCGACACUAAAGAAUUUCUGGAUACUAAAGAUAAAAUUUUAAAAGAAAAUUUAAUGAAGAGGAAAACAGACAUCGCCUAUUUAACAGAUUUGUUUACAAAAUUUAAUAUGGUUAAUUUGCAAUUGCAAGGCGACAGUUUAAAUUUGAUUAAAACAAAGUCCAUAUUAUCAGCGUUUCUUGUCAGAGUUAAACCAAUGAAGCAAAAUAUUGGACGGGGCGAAUUUUCUCAGUUCCCCAAUUUGUCACAGACAAGCUGCCAGGAAGACGACGUGUCAACUUACGUUCAACAUUUAAAUGCCCUCCAUUCAGAUUUUGAAUCUAGGUUUGAGGAUAUUCUGACUAUGGUAAUACCACCGUGGAUAAUUAAUCCAUAUGGUGACAUAGGAGAAACGAAUGUCAUAAUACAAGAGGAACUGACUGAACUAAGUACAAACGAAGAACUUAAGGUUCAGUUUAAAAACGGAUAUCAGCAAUUCUGGCUGCAAAACAACAUACCCGUUACUUAUCCCGUAUUAUGGAAUAUAGCGAGGAAAUUUUUAAUUUCCUUUCCAUCGUCAUACCUAGUGGAAAGGAGGUUCAGCGCUGUUACCAAUCUCCUAACGAAAACAAGAAACAGACUGGACAUCAUUAGCCGAGGAGAUUUAAAAUUAACCCUUACAAAAUUGACGCCAUCCUUCUCACUAAAAAUAUUGACUUAUUGCUUAUGUUAUUUUAUUUAUAGUUUAUUUUAUUCUGACCAAUAA